GGCAAAAGAUUAAGAAGAGUUGCUUGUACUUGCCCUAAUUGUAGAGAAGGAGAUGGAAGAGGCAGCAAUGAACCAGGAAAAAAGAAGCAACAUAUCUGCCAUAUUGAAGGCUGUGGUAAAGUAUAUGGGAAAACAUCUCAUCUCCGGGCACAUCUUCGCUGGCAUACAGGAGAAAGGCCAUUUGUAUGCAAUUGGAUCUUCUGUGGGAAAAGAUUUACCAGGAGUGAUGAAUUGCAGAGACAUAGGCGAACCCAUACAGGUGAGAAAAGAUUUGAAUGUCCAGAGUGUUCUAAAAGAUUUAUGCGAAGUGAUCAUCUCUCCAAGCAUGUCAAAACACAUCAGAACAAGAAGGGUGGAGGAACAGCCCUUGCUAUUGUUACCUCAGGUGAAUUGGACCCUUCAGUUACUGAGGUUCUUGGAUCUCCAAGGAUUGUCACAGUAGCAGCCAUUUCUCAAGAUUCAAAUCCAGCAACUCCAAAUGUUUCAACAAACAUGGAGGAAUUCUGAAGUAAUGUUACAUAGAUGCCUAGAACUACACUUAUGUUUACAUACUCUUCAAGAUAAGAAGUGGGCUGUUAAAAGUGUAUUACAGAGCAGGAAAUCAUGUAUUCAGUCUUGAUUUCUGUAAGUAUUCCAAGGUGGAGAACUAGCAUAGGAAGUGUACUUUGUACAAUAAGACAAUGCAAAGUAUUCUAGUGAAGAGGAAAACCUUUUGUUUCUUUACUUUGUGAGACAUACUGUAUGUAUUCAAUUUGGCCAUCUUUAUUCAUUUGUUAAAAAUCAGAUGGCCACAUGUGAAAUUGAUCUGAGGAAAAUCCCAGAUAAUUUUGUCCACUACAUUGUAGUAGUGUGUAUAUGACAAUCGGCAAACACAGUUUA